GGUCCAUCACAUUGUCAACCUUCAUCUGCCAUCACCACCACUCAUCUUCCACCUCCCACCUCCCCCAUGGAUACCUCCCGGGACCUCCCAGAUAUUCUUAUCGUGGGCGCUGGCAUCUUUGGUGUCAGCACAGCCUACCAUCUUGCCCAGCAGCUCGAGCGACCGUCACAGAUCGUCCUGUUGGAUCGCGCCGCCCCACCAUCCACCCCCGCGGCAUCUACCGAUAUCAACAAGAUCAUUCGUGCAGAUUAUACCAACCCUCUCUACGUCGCUCUGGGUUUCGAGGCUAUCGAAGCGUGGAAGUCGCUGCCGUUCUUCCAAGAUGCACAAGUCUAUCACCCUUCAGGGUGGAUUGCUAUGGAGGAGAAAGAUAGCGAUGUCCCCGCAUUGAUAAGGAAGAACUUCCGCGAUUAUGGUCGCGGCGACGUCUUCGAGGAAUGGACCGAAGAGCAGGUCCGUCACGCAUGGGGCGGACUGCUCGAGAAAACAGACUGCUCCCCGUUCGGCUCAUACUACUACAAUUCGUCCGCCGGCUGGGCGGACGCAGGAAAAGCAUUGCAGCUGAUGGCACAAGAAGCGAUCAAGCUGGGAGUCCGAUAUGAGGUUGGGGAAGCACGCAGAAUUGUUCGUGACGAAAAGGGAGUCAGUGGUGUUAAAACAGCAGACGGCACCAUCUACCAUGCUCGAAAGGUCUUGUUGGCCACAGGUGCAUGGACAAGUCAGCUCAUGUCCUCGGUGGAGGAUGACUUGGACCUGCCGGAACCAGACCGAGUAGAGCGACAGGUAUCAGCGGCGGGAGUAACAGUCUCGCAUUUUCAACUCUCAUCGGAGGAGAAAUCCAGCUAUUCGCAGCUGCCGGUGUUUGUCUACGGAGGACAAGGAGAGGUCAUUCCCCCCACUGCGGAGGGGAUCCUCAAGUUUACGACCGCCGCUUCGUUCAGGAACACCAUCCGCACUGCGUCCGGACACGAGAUCUCAGUGCCACUAGCAGACCAGGUUCAUGUUCCUGAGGCACUGCAAGAAGAUCAUCUGCACGCCAUUCGACCGCGUCUGCCACAGUUCCUCGAGGACCAUCCCCGCCCCGACUACUGGCGCAUAUGCUGGGAUGCAAUUUCGCCCAGCCAGCAUCCGCUCAUCACCCGCCAUCCAGACAACCGACUAUCUAAUCUAUAUUUCGCAGUAGGAGGAUCAUUCCACUGCUACAAGUUCCUUCCGACCAUUGGCAAGUACGUGGUCAACACUUUGAACGGGGUGUCGAACGGACGCGAGAAGGACGAGGCAUGGACGUGGAAGGAGCAUCACCCAGAUGAACGAGGAGUGCAUGCGCGAUUGAUCCCGGAGAGAGAAAUUCGAGAUGUUGUCUAGAACCUACGUAGAUGCAGCCUGCUUGUUUGCUCGAAAUCAAGACCAUCAGCAGCUCAGGCAUGCGCAACCGGACAAACUUUAGUCGGGGGCAAACCACUCUUCACCGAGAAGAGUAUAUAUCACACUG